AUGCCCGCCGCUGACGUGGCGCGUCCGUCACGUGGCAUUCAGGAUGCUGCUGUGCUCGCAUGCCCCUCCACAGCAGCUGCAAACCACAGCGACACGGGGAGGCAGGGGAGCGGCGGAUCGUCCUCGUGUGGCGCCGCAGCAGCAUCAGCGGGUUCGGAUAAGAGUAGGGCGUCGAGUCGAACGGGCGCCACGGCAUCUGAGCGUUCUAGUAGAAGCAGCACGGGAAGCGCACACGCGGAUCAGCGGCCGCACACUGACGCCUCCGCUGCUGCGCCGUGCAACGCGGAGCCCGUUGCGAGUACCACUGGGCAGCAGCGCGCCGAGCUCGCGAGCCAGAUCGACCUGGGAUCGCCGCAAAGCACCAAUUGCGGCGCCAGCGCAUCGUCGGCGAGCUCGGGUGCCGUCGCCGGGAGGGAUGGUGUGAUGCAAGAGGCGGAAACAGGCAGCGGCGCGGCUUGUAUCUGCCGCGCCAGUCGUCGUCGGCGGAAGUGCGCCCUUCCGCUUACAUCCGCGGACGAGGUGACGGGGUCCGACUACUGCUACGCCAGCCACGUGGGAUUCUUCGACGCUCCCCACGCGUGCGUCUGCGCGCGCGCGGAUUCCCCGGGCGGAAUCGAUCGCACGGAGCGGUGGGAGCGGUGGAUGGAUGGCGCGAGCCUCGUGGCACACAUCACGCCGUUCGCCAUCGUCGGGGUGCGUGUCGCCCCAUCCUCCCCCGUGCGCGCGCACUCCCCCCAACCGCUCCCUCCCGCAUCAACUCCCACCAUGCAUCCACCCGCUGCGGAACUCUCCCGUUCCCCCUCUAACCCUCUUCAGCCCUACCCUUUAUCCCCCCUCCCGCUCCCCCCGCUCCCCCCUCGCCCGCGCGCGCAGGUGUGCAUUCAGUUUCUAUUGGACGAGCUGUUCGGCCCGAACGUGGCGCACGUGACGGACGACGCGCUGACGGUCUUCGUCGACCUGCCGGCCAACAUGCUCGGCGCGUUCCUCCUCGGCCUCUCCGCCGUCGCGCUCCUCCCCGCGCUGCUCGCGCGCUCGCGCCACCUCGCCAUCGCCAUCGUCGUCGGGCUGUGCGGCAGCAUAUCAACAUUCGCCACGUGGAACCAGCGCAUGGUCUCCAUCGCCACGGCGGGGCUGUGGGCGCGCGCCGCCUUCGGGUACUUCACCGGCUCCGCGCUUCCCCUCGUCGCGCUCGUCGCGGGCGUCGACGCGGGGACCGCCAUCCGCCUUGCCUUCGCCUGCGCUCCCCACUCCCCCGCCUCCUCCCUUCUGCCCUGUACGCUUCCAAGCGCAAAGCUCCCCGCGCCUGCUCCGCCAACGGAUCCCCCCCACCACCGCCGCCACAUGCUCCCCAUGCUGCUGCUCUCCGCCGGCAUGCUGCUUCUGGCGGGGCUCGGCGCGCUGCUGCUCCCCCCCACCGCGCACCAUUGGCGCAUGCUCGCGUGCGCCUGCCUCCUCGCCCCCCUAGGCACCCACCUCCGCUUCCUCCUCCUGCGCUUCAACGGGAGGCCUUUCCCCUUCCGCCUCCCCUUUUCCCCCUGCGCCCGUUCCCCCUGCCCCGGGUCGGAAAAGGCGCUGCUGGCGGAAGGGGGGGAGGGCGGGGGCGCAUGGGAGUGGAUGCCGUGGGGCACGUGGAUGGCGAAUGUGGGGGCGGCAGCAGUGGAAGCCGCCAUCUCCAUCCUCUACCUCAAGUACCAGAGCACGACGAGCGAGGUGGCGGUGGGGGCGAUGCAGCUGGGCUUCCUGGCGUGCCUCAGCACGGUCUCAAUGCCCUCCUUAGAAGCCCUGUACCUGCACUACACGCUGCGCUCGCCCGCCAAGGCCUACUGCUACGCGCUGCUCACCAUCGCACCCUCCUUCGCCCUCGGGCUGCUCAUCUACUCGCUGCCCUGCUGGCUCAACGGCUUUGACUCCCUCUACAAUCACGUCGGCACCUCCCUGCAAACCUCUCAGCCCUGA